AUAGGAAAAGCAUUAGCAGAGCGAGAUCAAAUUAUUAAAAUUUGAAACGAAAAGAGGGGCAACAAACGGCACGCCAUGUCCCAUAAGCCUUUUGAAAAAGCAGCCAAAAUAUUUCUUAUCAAAUAAUGAAAAAAGAAGAAGAAGAAAGAAAGUAGCAUGUGAAUGAUUUUACAAAGCAAUCCCUUUCUGAGUCUAUAUAACUUGGAGUUUGGAAUGCUCUUAGUUCAGUGAAGUAAAUUGUACCUAAACCCAAAACUCGAGGCUAAUGGAUCCUACACAGAUGAAGAAAAUUCAAGCCAUGAAAAGGUACAAGAGCCACCAGUUCCUGAACAAUUUGUAUGUAUAUUUUGUGAGUGCCUUAACUUGCAGUGUCUUCUGUUUUGUCACCUUCUGCAUGCCCUAUCUUUCUUCUCUUCUCCGCCUCUUUUUCUUCGUCCACAUCUCAAGUUUAGUACCAGUUCUGUUCAGCUCAAAGCUCCUGUUCAUCAUGGGCAACCUUAUAAUUUUUUUCCUUGUGGUAAACUCGAGAAUCCUUUCCUCGGAUCCCUCUUCAACCCCUGUUGUUUACUAUGAUGAGUACAUUCGGAGCAGUCAAACCCCAAAACCUCUUGUUGCAACUGUUGAGGUCAAACGAGGUAAAACUUUGGAGAAACAUGUUGUCGGGGAAAUUUUGGACAUCGACAGUGUGGACUUCAAGUGCAAAGGGAGGGUUGAGAAAGGCACUGAAACAUUCAAAGAAGACGACGACAUAGAUGCAGGAGAUGAACAACGUUUGAUUCCUUCGUGUUCCGAUGAAUUGAACAAAAGGGCUGAUGAUUUUAUUGCGAGAGUCAAUAGGCAGAGAAGGCUUGAACUUAGCCUUCUGAAUUAUGGUGGUAGUUACUAAGUAUAUGGUGUUGUAUAGUGCAAGAAAAUCUUAGUUCUCAACUAGAUUAUUUUCCUCCAAAUUUAAUUGAGAAUAUUAUAAAGUAUAUGUGUUACAGCA